CACUGCGGGUUCGAGUCGAAAUGAUCCCGCCUGCAUGAGCCUGGGCGACCGCAGGCGCGCGCUCUGCCGCCAUCUGGGAGAGUCGGGGUGACGGAAGGGUGCGUGUGGCGGCUGCAGGCAGCGACGGGCGGAGGAAGCCCGCCAGAAUCGCACUGAGCGCCUGCCUGCUCCUCUCAUCCCCGCUGGCAUUAGCGGCGGCGGGAGGACCAAGGUCGGCGUUGCCCGGGCAGUUGAGGCGGCAGAGCCAAGCCCCAGCGGCCUCCUUUCGUCGCCUUGUGGUUCGUUCUCCGAGGGCGCCAGAAGAGCAAAAGUCAAAGCGUUUGGAGACCUCUAGAGUCGGAACGCUCCGCCAGGCUCCUCAGCUCCUCGGACUCUCCUUGGAUCUCUGAGAAGGUGAAUCCCGCCUAGAUGGUUACCGUGGUGACCAAGCUCGUGCAUUAUCUGCACCUCAGCCGGAGGUCUGGUCAGUAUACAAUGAAUCAUGAUAACUCUAAGAAGCCUUCAGGGAAGCUCCCUUGUGAGCAUUCAGGAUCUCAAGAUUCACUUGAUGAAUUAUCCAUGGAUGACUAUUGGAAAGAACUUGAAAAUAUCCAUGAAACAAGAAGUGAUAACCAUGAAGAACGUGACCUGGUUGUGGUGAAAGAGCCUGAUGAGGGUGAAUUGGAAGAAGAGUGGUUAAAAGAAGCAGGUCUGUCAACGCUUUUUGGUGAAGCUGCUGGAGAUUCCCAUGAAAGUAUGGUGGUUUUGGCUACCUUGACCAGAACUCAGGCUAUAGCAGUGCAGAAGCGAGUUGAUACCAUCACCCAGACAAUGAGGAAGAAAAACAAACAGUACCAAGUUCCUGAUGUGAGAGAGAUCUUCAAGCAACAAAAUGAAUCAAUGGAAAAAGAAUCUGGCAUUGAUCACCAGCCUGUAAAAGCAGAAGGAAAAAAAGAAAGUGUACAAGAAAAAGCCAAGGAAGCAUAUGAACAUAUCGAUAAUUGUCCAAGAGAAGAUUUGCCACCAUCUGAAACAGACAUUAAUUUGGAAAUAUCAUUUUCUGAACAAGCAGUUAAUCUCAAAAAUAACUCUGUAAGUGACGUGUUAAAAGACAAAGAAGAUGACACUCUGCUUCCUAACUUCAGAUUUCCGAAGGACAAAACAGGUACAACAAAAAUUGGAGAUCUUGCACCUCAGGAUAUGAAGAAAAUCCAUGCGUUGGCCCUGAUUGAACUGACUGCUCUUUUUGACAUACUUGGAAUUGAACUGAAACCACAAAAAGCAGCAAAAAUUAAAGUGAAAGAAUCUGGUCUUUUUGGUGUUCCACUCUUGGUUUUGCUAGAACAUGAUCAAAAGAGACUUCCAAGUAUCCGGACACCAUUUAUCUUUCAAAAACUCAUUUCUCAGAUAGAAGAGGGAAAACUGGAAACAGAAGGAUUGCUUCGAAUACCAGGAGUUGCUGCUAGAGUAAAGAACCUUUGCCAAGAGCUAGAAUCAAAAUUUUACGAAGGGACUUUCAACUGGGACAGUGUCAAACAGCACGAUGCAGCCAGCCUUCUAAAAUUCUUCAUCCGAGAAUUGCCACAACCCUUAUUCACUGUGGAGUACCUUAAGGCUUUCCAGGAUGUGCAGAAGCUUCCAACCAAGAAACAUCAGCUUCAAGCACUGAAUCUUUUGAUUCUUCUUCUCCCAGAGGGAAAUAGAGAUACACUCAAGGUGCUGCUUGAAUUUCUUCAAAGAGUGAUCGAUCUUCGAGAUAAAAACAAGAUGAACCUCAAGAAUGUUGCCAUGGUUAUGGCUCCAAACCUCUUCAUGUUUCAUGGUUUGGGUGCCAAGCCCACAGAACAAAGCGAGUUUGUUAUGGCAGCUGGGACAGCAAAUGUCAUGCGCUUUAUGAUUAAAUACCAGAAUCUUCUUUGGACUAUUCCUACGUUUCUUGUGAACCAAGUAAGAAAGCAGAACGCUGAAAGUCAGAAAAAGGAGCGAAAGGACAAAGCCAUGAGGAAACUUCUGAAAAAAAUGGCCUACGAUCGAGAAAAACAUGAGAAGCAAGAUAAAAGUAUCGGCGAUCAAAAGAGCGGCAAUGAUGCCGAUAUUCCAGAGGGAGUAAUACGGGUUCAAGCACCUCAUCUUUCCAAAGUUUCCAUGGCAAUUCAACUGACGGGAGAGCUAAAAGCUGGUGAUAUCAUUGCCAGGUUCCUCAGCCAGAAAAGUGGAAAUGUACAAGGUUUGAAGAAAGAAGAGUUGUUUUUACAUGAAGUAGGAGGAAAUAUUGGUGAACGAUGCCUAGAUGAUGACACUUUCAUGAAGGACUUGUAUCAGCUGAACCCAAAUGCUGAAUGGAUUAUAAAAUCAAAAAAUGGUUGAAGUUCUGAAUCUAUAAAGAGACUUUCGGCAACACUGUAAUAUUCAGAUGCGACAGAAUCAAAGGACGCUGAAUUCACUUGAGACUUAGAUGUGUUGCACUGUUGAGGAGUACUGUGCUACAAAGUUAGUCUCCUGCUUCUCUCAAGUAAAGGAGAGCUACUGCAGGAAAAUUAAUAGGACAGGAAUCUUUGUGAUCUCACUGAUUUUGUUGGAAGGGACUGAAUCUGCAGUUCUUGUUGUAAACACCACUGUGCCUUUGGUAUGGUCCACUGGAUUAUUAAUUUCUUCAGGUCGCUCGUGAUGGAGCCAGCACCAAUUUUCUUAAUAAAGACAUUUAUUUAAAAGAAAAUAAGAAAAGUAUUUCUUCAUUGGUUCAGAACAUCUUCAACUGUACUUUUCUGUCAUAAGAUAUGAUGUGGUGGUGGUGGUGUAAUAGGCACUAUUAAUAUUAAGCAGGAUCUAUUUGUUUAUUCUAGUUCAGUAACCUCCAGGAAUAUAUUUAUUGAACAUAAUGUGAAUGAUUUGAUAUAACUUUCUUUAUUGGGUGAUACUUCCCAAGAUCAGUAAUAAAAGUGUCAGGAAAGUGAAGAAUUGCAAGAACCUGUGUCUUUUUUUUUCCUGUACAUCAAAGGUAAUCCUGAGGAGUUAUCUAUCAUCUUUUAAUCUUAACGAGUUUCAAUUUUUUAAAAAAAAAUAAUUACCCCAUUGAUGUAAUAUGCAAUCACGAUUGGGUAUUCACAUUUAGCAAUUUAGACCUGUCAAUGAAUAUUGAGAAUGCUUAAAUGCUCCAAGUGCACUGGAUAUUCAUUUCACUCAGUUUUUCAUGGGUGACUAAGAAUUCUGGGAUUUGUAUAGUUUAUUUUUAAUGACCACAAUUGGGACAAUAUAAUCCUCAUUUAUUGACCAUUUAACUUGGUUGUUAAGUGAAGAGAUCACUAAGUGAAAUUAUGUGAUUACAAUCUUAUUUCAGCUUUCCUAUGCUGCAUAGAUCUAUGAAAGUUGUAAAUGCAUGGAUUGGUUGCAAAGUUACUUUUUCAUUACUGUCAUAACUGUUAAUGGUUGCUAAAUGAGGCAAUUACUACCUGUAACAUCAACAUACUUUGUGGAUGCCAGAUUGCAAAGUCUGAACUAUGUGGAUUUGUCAACAAAUAUGUGGGGUACGUAUAGUCCAAGAGCUGUCUUUGCAAGCCUUUGGGUCCCAGAACACGCUUCAAACCUGUCCCCAACUUGUAAGUUUUGGUUUAUUGGAAAUGAAAAAUCACUAAGUACAUUGGCACUAAUUUCAUUGACUAUAUUUAAUGUAAGUUAAUUUUAUACUGAAAUAAAUAUACAUUUUGGCCAUUUAUUCUUCCUAAUGUACAGUUUUUCUUCUGGCCAUUUAUUUUCCUAUAGUACACUUUGAAGUGUUGUUCAAAGUUUUAAGUGUGGCUCUUUGGCUAGAAAACAAAAUACGCUCCUUGUCAUAGAAAGAUCCAUGAUCAAUAUUAUAUAAGCCAGGAAAUUUAUUUACUAUGAUUUAUCUAAAUAAUGUUUAUUAAGAAGGAGGGUAUUGAAGUACAAUAGAUAGAUAAAUAUUAACAUUAAUGCCUUUGAAUUAUAAAUUCUAAUCUUGAUGCUUACAAUGUAUUGCUUUCCAUUCUCGACAGAUUAAGCUGACUGAAAUUAUACAUAACUUAAAAUAUGGCUACCCAAAAUUGAAGAAAUUAAGAGAAUUUAUAAACAUACAUACAGCACGUGUAUAUCCCAGGCAAUGAUUUACCUGCUAGAAGUGGAUCUCACACGAGGAUGUGCCACAGUUGAAUACAUGACCAUACAGGAAUGUUACCAUGGUUGGUUUUUUGUUCUUCAUAAAACAAAAGUCAACAAAGCUUUACAUUUUUUAGAAAUACAAAACAAUAAUUUUCCAGAGAAUUUAUAUAAUAUGAGAAAGAAUACACUUUUUUAAAAAAAAUAUGCCUUUGUUCCUCAUGAUAACAUUUUUACCAAUGCAUUGUGAUCUGUUGGGUCUCUGACUUUGUCAUUUGCUGGCUUCAUGUAUUGGCAAAGUUGUGUCUGAUUUGCUAUUCAGUGGCAAAUAAAAAGUAUGUGAGUUGCAGGGAAAUUGAACUUAAAUCCUUCGCUGGGAUUUGGUAACUGAUAUUUCCUGUUAAUCAAGUUCUAGUCUCCCACCAUCUGUGUAAAUCUAAUUAAUAGGAAAGCUCAUGUGAACAUGCCAGAAAGAGCAAUAAUGGUAACCAACAAUAAACUUUUGCUGUUUUUGCUUU